AUGCUGGCCACCAUGGGCUACAUCACACCAGAGAUUGCCGGCAAGUGGCCUGGCUAUUUGGACCCUACCACUGGUCUGAAGUUCUCCGACGUGCCCAACGGGCUUGCAGCGAUCUCCAAGGUGCCAGCAGGCGGCUGGACCCAGAUCCUCCUGUGGAUGAGCUGGUGCGAGGUCAGCCGAGGAGCCGGAUCUGACAUUGCCAGCGGCCGCCCAGGUGAUUUCGGCUUCUAUGUGUUGACCUCUGCUGAUCCUGAGCAGAAGAAAAAGAAACUUGCCGCGGAACUUGCCAACGGAAGGCUUGCAAUGAUGGCCAUCAUUGGCAUGUUCUACCAGGACGGCUUGACAGGCUCUGCCUGGGGGGAUUGGGCCAACUACACCGAUUCUCCUCUCCGAGCAUUCGAGAGCGAGACAGGCGUGCAACCGCCAGUGGGUUUUUGGGAUCCUCUUGGCCUGUCGGCGAGCGGAAACAUGUCAGACUUCAAGCGUCGGCGUGAAGUCGAGCUGAAGCACGGCCGUGUGGCCAUGUUUGCAACGAUUGGUUACAUUCUCCCGGAGUACUGGCGCUUCCCGGGCUAUCUUUCCAAAUUCCUGGAUGUCAAGUUCGCCGACGUCCCCAACGGACUGAGCGCUUUCUCCAAAGUUCCUGCCCUGGGCUGGCUGCAGAUUGUGGGCUUCGCUGGUCUCAUUGAGAUCAACGUUUACAACGAGCAGGUGAACGACGAGCCGGGAAAUUAUGGCGCUGGUUUCCUCGGCUUGAGGUCAGUUGGCAUCAUGAACACUGGCAUCACUGACGCAGAACUGAGAAAGAAGAAGCUCAAUGCCGAACUGGCCAACGGCCGUCUCGCCAUGAUGGCAAUCAUCGGCAUGUUCUUCCAGGACGGCCUCACGGGCUCUGCCUGGGGUGAUUGGGCCAACUACACUGCCUCGCCUCUCCGGGCCUUUGAAGGCGAGCUGGGCGUGCAGCCUCCUGUGGGCUUUUGGGACCCCUUGGGCCUGUCUGCGGAUGGCGACGUGGAGGUGUUCAAGCGCCGCCGCGAGACCGAGCUGAAGCAUGGCAGGAUCUCCAUGUACGCUUGCAUGGGUUACAUUGUCCCGGAGUACUUCAAGUUCCCGGGAGAGCUCUCCCCAAAGAUGGGCCUGAAGUUUGCGGACAUCCCCAACGGACUCGCUGCCCUCACCAAGGUGCCGGGGCAGGGCUGGGCGCAGAUUGUGGCCUUCCUGGGCACAUAUGAGCUCUUCGUCAACGGCAAGGCUGUCGGCGAUGAGCCGGGCAACUAUGGCAAGGGCAACCUUGGCUUGGGCUUCCUUGGGCCUGUCACGAACCCGGAUGCACGCAAGAAGAAGCUUUCGGCCGAGCUGGCAAACGGCCGCCUGGCCAUGAUGGCCAUCAUUGGCAUGUUCUUCCAAGACGGCCUUACCGGUUCCGCCUGGGGAGACUGGGCGCUGUACACCGACUCUCCUCUGCGCAGCGGUGUCAAGAGCCCUGGCUACAACACCCUGCCGGAGUUCGAGAAGCCUAAGAACGGCUUCGAGGGUCUGGUGGGCGACCAGGCGCCAGUCGGCUUCUGGGACCCCCUGGGUCUGUCCAAGGACAAGGACGUGGAGGUCUUCAAGAGGCGUCGCGAGACGGAGAUCAAGCACGGACGAGUCGCCAUGUUUGCGACCAUGGGCUACAUCGCUCCUGAGUACUACAAGUUUGAUGGCUACCUGUCCCCAUCCAUGAACCUUAAGUUCACUGAUGUGCCCAACGGUCUGAAGGCGCUCUCCGUGGUGCCCAAGGAGGGCUGGGCUCAGAUGGUUGCGUUCGCCGGCUUCUUGGAGUUGGUCGUGAACAAGAAGACCUCCGAGCCAGGCAACUACGGCAAGGGCAACCUUGGCCUCGGCAACGUUGGCUUCGGCAGCUCCGUCCAGAACCCUGAGCUCAGGACCAAGAAACUGAAUGCCGAGCUUGCCAACGGACGCCUGGCCAUGAUGGCCAUCAUUGGCAUGUUCUUCCAGGACGGCCUCACCGGCUCUGCCUGGGGAGACUGGGCCAACUACACUGACUCGCCCCUCCGAGCCUUCGAGGGUGAGCUGGGCGUGCAGCCUCCUGUGGGCUUUUGGGACCCCUUGGGCCUGUCUGCGGAUGGCGACGUGGAGGUGUUCAAGCGCCGCCGCGAGACCGAGCUGAAGCAUGGCAGGAUCUCCAUGUACGCUUGCAUGGGUUACAUUGUCCCGGAGUACUUCAAGUUCCCGGGAGAGCUCUCCCCAAAGAUGGGCCUGAAGUUUGCGGACAUCCCCAACGGACUCGCUGCCCUCACCAAGGUGCCGGGGCAGGGCUGGGCGCAGAUUGUGGCCUUCCUGGGCACAUAUGAGCUCUUCGUCAACGGCAAGGCUGUCGGCGAUGAGCCGGGCAACUAUGGCAAGGGCAACCUUGGCUUGGGCUUCCUUGGGCCUGUCACGAACCCGGAUGCACGCAAGAAGAAGCUUUCGGCCGAGCUGGCAAACGGCCGCCUGGCCAUGAUGGCCAUCAUUGGCAUGUUCUUCCAAGACGGCCUUACCGGUUCCGCCUGGGGAGACUGGGCGCUGUACACCGACUCUCCUCUGCGCAGCGGUGUCAAGAGCCCUGGCUACAACACCCUGCCGGAGUUCGAGAAGCCUAAGAACGGCUUCGAGGGUCUGGUGGGCGACCAGGCGCCUGUCGGCUUCUGGGACCCCUUGGGUCUGUCCAAGGACAAGGACGUGGAGGUCUUCAAGAGGCGUCGCGAGACGGAGAUCAAGCACGGACGAGUCGCCAUGUUUGCGACCAUGGGCUACAUCGCUCCUGAGUACUACAAGUUUGAUGGCUACCUGUCCCCAUCCAUGAACCUUAAGUUCACUGAUGUGCCCAACGGUCUGAAGGCGCUCUCCGUGGUGCCCAAGGAGGGCUGGGCUCAGAUGGUUGCGUUCGCCGGCUUCUUGGAGUUGGUCGUGAACAAGAAGACCUCCGAGCCAGGCAACUACGGCAAGGGCAACCUUGGCCUCGGCAACGUUGGCUUCGGCAGCUCCGUCCAGAACCCUGAGCUCAGGAUGGCUUCCAAGAAGAGCGCAGCCCUCACGGUCGGCUUGGCAGGAGCCGCGGCCGGAAGCGCCUUUAUUUGCGGCGCAGGCAGCCAAACAAAGGGCGCUUUGCGUGCCACGGUCAAGGCUAACCAGGCGCCGUCCGCAUCUGGGCAUGCCUCGGCGUCUACCUCCACCUACGCAGCAGCCUCGGUGGUGGCGGCCAGCACUGGCGUGCUGCUGGCAGGGCGCAAGGGCAGCAGCCUCAGCAACACCGCCGUCACAGCGUUGAAGGCCUUCGAGCAGGAGCUGGGAGUGCAGGCUCCUGUCGGAUUUUGGGAUCCUUUGGGCCUGGCAAAAGACGGUGAUGUGGAGGCUUUCCAGCGCCGCCGCUCCGUGGAACUCAAGCACGGCAGGAUUGCCAUGCUGGCCACCAUGGGCUACAUCACACCAGAGAUCGCCGGCAAGUGGCCUGGCUAUUUGGACCCUACCACUGGUCUGAAGUUCUCCGACGUGCCCAACGGGCUUGCAGCGAUCUCCAAGGUGCCAGCAGGCGGCUGGACCCAGAUCCUCCUGUGGAUGAGCUGGUGCGAGGUCAGCCGAGGAGCCGGAUCUGACAUUGCCAGCGGCCGCCCAGGUGAUUUCGGCUUCUAUGUGUUGACCUCUGCUGAUCCUGAGCAGAAGAAAAAGAAGCUUGCCGCGGAACUUGCCAACGGAAGGCUUGCCAUGAUGGCCAUCAUUGGCAUGUUUUAUCAGGACGGCUUGACAGGCUCUGCCUGGGGGGAUUGGGCCAACUACACCGAUUCUCCUCUCCGAGCAUUCGAGAGCGAGACAGGUGUUCAGCCACCAGUGGGUUUUUGGGAUCCUCUUGGCCUGUCGGCGAGCGGAAACAUGUCAGACUUUAAGCGUCGGCGUGAAGUCGAACUGAAGCACGGCCGUGUGGCCAUGUUUGCAACGAUUGGUUACAUUCUCCCGGAGUACUGGCGCUUCCCGGGCUAUCUUUCCAAAUUCCUGGAUGUCAAGUUCGCCGACGUCCCCAACGGACUGAGCGCUUUCUCCAAAGUUCCUGCCCUGGGCUGGCUGCAGAUUGUGGGCUUCGCUGGUCUCAUUGAGAUCAACGUCUACAAUGAGCAGGUGAACGAUGAGCCCGGCAACUAUGGUGCAGGCUUCCUUGGCCUUAGGUCUGUGGGCAUCAUGAACACUGGCAUUACGGAUCCGGAGCUUCGAAAGAAGAAGCUCAAUGCCGAGUUGGCCAACGGCCGUCUGGCCAUGAUGGCAAUCAUUGGCAUGUUCUUUCAGGACGGCCUCACGGGCUCUGCCUGGGGUGAUUGGGCCAACUACACUGCCUCGCCUCUCCGGGCCUUCGAAGGCGAGCUGGGCGUGCAGCCUCCUGUGGGCUUUUGGGACCCCUUGGGCCUGUCUGCGGAUGGCGACGUGGAGGUGUUCAAGCGCCGCCGCGAGACCGAGCUGAAGCAUGGCAGGAUCUCCAUGUACGCUUGCAUGGGUUACAUUGUCCCGGAGUACUUCAAGUUCCCGGGAGAGCUCUCCCCAAAGAUGGGCCUGAAGUUUGCGGACAUCCCCAACGGACUCGCUGCCCUCACCAAGGUGCCGGGGCAGGGCUGGGCGCAGAUUGUGGCCUUCUUGGGCACAUAUGAGCUCUUCAUCAACGGCAAGACUGUCGGCGAUGAGCCGGGCAACUAUGGCAAGGGCAACCUUGGCUUGGGCUUCCUUGGGCCUGUCACGAACCCGGAUGCACGCAAGAAGAAGCUUUCGGCCGAGCUGGCAAACGGCCGCCUGGCCAUGAUGGCCAUCAUUGGCAUGUUCUUCCAAGACGGCCUUACCGGUUCCGCCUGGGGAGACUGGGCGCUGUACACCGACUCUCCUCUGCGCAGCGGUGUCAAGAGCCCUGGCUACAACACCCUGCCGGAGUUCGAGAAGCCUAAGAACGGCUUCGAGGGUCUGGUGGGCGACCAGGCGCCUGUCGGCUUCUGGGACCCCCUGGGUCUGUCCAAGGACAAGGACGUGGAGGUCUUCAAGAGGCGCCGCGAGACGGAGAUCAAGCACGGACGAGUCGCCAUGUUUGCGACCAUGGGCUACAUCGCUCCUGAGUACUACAAGUUUGAUGGCUACCUGUCCCCAUCCAUGAACCUUAAGUUCACUGAUGUGCCCAACGGUCUGAAGGCGCUCUCCGUGGUGCCCAAGGAGGGCUGGGCUCAGAUGGUUGCGUUCGCCGGCUUCUUGGAGUUGGUCGUGAACAAGAAGACCUCCGAGCCAGGCAACUUCGGCAAGGGCAACCUUGGCCUCGGCAACGUUGGCUUCGGCAGCUCCGUCCAGAACCCUGAGCUGAGGACCAAGAAACUGAAUGCCGAGCUUGCCAACGGACGCCUGGCCAUGAUGGCCAUCAUUGGCAUGUUCUUCCAGGACGGCCUCACCGGCUCUGCCUGGGGAGACUGGGCCAACUACACUGACUCGCCCCUCCGAGCCUUCGAGGGUGAGCUGGGCGUGCAGCCUCCUGUGGGCUUUUGGGACCCCUUGGGCCUGUCUGCGGAUGGCGACGUGGAGGUGUUCAAGCGCCGCCGCGAGACCGAGCUGAAGCAUGGCAGGAUCUCCAUGUACGCUUGCAUGGGUUACAUUGUUCCGGAGUACUUCAAGUUCCCGGGAGAGCUCUCCCCAAAGAUGGGCCUGAAGUUUGCGGACAUCCCCAACGGACUCGCUGCCCUCACCAAGGUGCCGGGGCAGGGCUGGGCGCAGAUUGUGGCCUUCUUGGGCACAUAUGAGCUCUUCAUCAACGGCAAGACUGUCGGCGAUGAGCCGGGCAACUAUGGCAAGGGCAACCUUGGCUUGGGCUUCCUUGGGCCUGUCACGAACCCGGAUGCACGCAAGAAGAAGCUUUCGGCCGAGCUGGCAAACGGCCGCCUGGCCAUGAUGGCCAUCAUUGGCAUGUUCUUCCAAGACGGCCUUACCGGUUCCGCCUGGGGAGACUGGGCGCUGUACACCGACUCUCCUCUGCGCAGCGGUGUCAAGAGCCCUGGCUACAACACCCUGCCGGAGUUCGAGAAGCCUAAGAACGGCUUCGAGGGUCUGGUGGGCGACCAGGCGCCUGUCGGCUUCUGGGACCCCCUGGGUCUGUCCAAGGACAAGGACGUGGAGGUCUUCAAGAGGCGCCGCGAGACGGAGAUCAAGCACGGACGAGUCGCCAUGUUUGCGACCAUGGGCUACAUCGCUCCUGAGUACUACAAGUUUGAUGGCUACCUGUCCCCAUCCAUGAACCUUAAGUUCACUGAUGUGCCCAACGGUCUGAAGGCGCUCUCCGUGGUGCCCAAGGAGGGCUGGGCUCAGAUGGUUGCGUUCGCCGGCUUCUUGGAGUUGGUCGUGAACAAGAAGACCUCCGAGCCAGGCAACUUCGGCAAGGGCAACCUUGGCCUCGGCAACGUUGGCUUCGGCAGCUCCGUCCAGAACCCUGAGCUGAGGACCAAGAAGUUGAAUGCCGAGCUUGCCAACGGCCGCCUGGCCAUGAUGGCCAUCAUUGGCAUGUUCUUCCAAGACGGCCUUACCGGUUCCGCCUGGGGAGACUGGGCGCUGUACACCGACUCUCCUCUGCGCAGCGGUGUCAAGAGCCCUGGCUACAACACCCUGCCGGAGUUCGAGAAGCCUAAGAACGGCUUCGAGGGUCUGGUGGGCGACCAGGCGCCUGUCGGCUUCUGGGACCCCCUGGGUCUGUCCAAGGACAAGGACGUGGAGGUCUUCAAGAGGCGCCGCGAGACGGAGAUCAAGCACGGACGAGUCGCCAUGUUUGCGACCAUGGGCUACAUCGCUCCUGAGUACUACAAGUUUGAUGGCUACCUGUCCCCAUCCAUGAACCUUAAGUUCACUGAUGUGCCCAACGGUCUGAAGGCGCUCUCCGUGGUGCCCAAGGAGGGCUGGGCUCAGAUGGUUGCGUUCGCCGGCUUCUUGGAGUUGGUCGUGAACAAGAAGACCUCCGAGCCAGGCAACUUCGGCAAGGGCAACCUUGGCCUCGGCAACGUUGGCUUCGGCAGCUCCGUCCAGAACCCUGAGCUGAGGACCAAGAAGUUGAAUGCCGAGCUUGCCAACGGACGCCUGGCCAUGAUGGCCAUCAUUGGCAUGUUCUUCCAGGACGGCCUUACCGGUUCCGCCUGGGGAGACUGGGCGCUGUACACCGACUCUCCUCUGCGCAGCGGUGUCAAGAGCCCUGGCUACAACACCCUGCCGGAGUUCGAGAAGCCUAAGAACGGCUUCGAGGGUCUGGUGGGCGACCAGGCGCCUGUCGGCUUCUGGGACCCCCUGGGUCUGUCCAAGGACAAGGACGUGGAGGUCUUCAAGAGGCGCCGCGAGACGGAGAUCAAGCACGGACGAGUCGCCAUGUUUGCGACCAUGGGCUACAUCGCUCCUGAGUACUACAAGUUUGAUGGCUACCUGUCCCCAUCCAUGAACCUUAAGUUCACUGAUGUGCCCAACGGUCUGAAGGCGCUCUCCGUGGUGCCCAAGGAGGGCUGGGCUCAGAUGGUUGCGUUCGCCGGCUUCUUGGAGUUGGUCGUGAACAAGAAGACCUCCGAGCCAGGCAACUUCGGCAAGGGCAACCUUGGCCUCGGCAACGUUGGCUUCGGCAGCUCCGUCCAGAACCCUGAGCUGAGGACCAAGAAGUUGAAUGCCGAGCUUGCCAACGGACGCCUGGCCAUGAUGGCCAUCAUUGGCAUGUUCUUCCAGGAUGGCCUGACAGGAUCUGCCUGGGGUGACUGGGCCAACUACACUGACUCGCCUCUCAGGGCCUUCGAGAAGGAGCUUGGGGUCCAGCCUCCUGUCGGCUUUUGGGACCCGCUUGGGUUCACUGCAGGUGGCGAUGCCGCCUCCUUCCGCCGGCGCCGCUAUGUUGAGCUGAAGCACGGCCGAGUGGCCAUGUUUGCUUGCCUGGGCUACAUCGUACCUGAGUACUACCGAUGGCCUGGGGAUCUCUCCCCUUCCCUGGGCCUGAAGUUCUCAGACGUGCCAACUGGCUUCGCUGCAUUCUCCAAAGUGCCGCUGUCGGGCUGGGCGCAGAUGGUGGCGUUUGCAGGCAGUGUUGAGCUCUUCCAGUAUGUGGAUGAUCCCAAGAGGGCGCCGGGUGACUUCGAGAACGCUGGCUUCCUUGGCAUCCCCAAUGGCUUCGUCAAGAUUUCCUCCCCAGAGGCCAAGGCAAAGAAGCUGUCGGCAGAGUUGGCCAACGGACGAUUGGCAAUGAUGGCCAUCAUCGGCAUGUUUUUCCAAAAUGGCCUGACUGGAUCCGCAUGGGGCGACUGGGCCCUUUACACGGAUUCGCCUUUGCGCGCUUUCGAGAAGGAGCUUGGAGUGCAAGCGCCGGUGGGAUUCUGGGAUCCGCUGGGCCUGGCUGCAGACGGCGACGUUGACACCUUCAAGCGCAGGAGGGCAGUGGAGUUGAAGCACGGCAGGAUUUGCAUGCUGGCAUGCGUUGGCUACAUUGUGCCGGAAUACUUCAGAUGGCCCGGUUACCUGUCGCCUGAGAAGGGCCUGAAAUUUGCGGACAUGCCGCACGGCAUCGCUGCCGUCUCCAAGGUGCCUUUGGAGGGCUGGGUGCAGAUCGUGCUGUUCCUGGGCCACAUGGAGGGCUACUUCUGGCGCCAGGACCCCAAGCGUGCUCCCGGUGACUAUGAUGGUUAUGGCUUCUUGGGUGUGGGCAAGAAUUUCAUUUUCAACUUUGAACCCAUUGAGUUCAAGGACGCUGAGGUGAGAAAAACCAAGCUGGCAGCGGAGAUCGCCAACGGGCGACUUGCCAUGGUCGCUCUGAUGGCGAUGCUUUUCCAGAACGGCACUGUGGGAACCACAGGCCCUGCCAUGUGGCUCCCAGCCGCAUGA